AUGACUUUUAAGGCCUACGCCCCUGAGAAGAGAGCCAAGAGCCGGCUGUCUAAGGGCUGGCAUCCGGCCGGCGGCUCCUCUGGGCGGCCUCUUAGGGCCGCGGCCUGUGCCAGGCCCCUGGUGCCCUGCCCUGUGCCGGCCGCCCCGCCUGCGGGCCCGGGGAAGCGGAGGCUCAGCUCCAGCAGCUGCUGGGCUCCAGGGUGCAGGCGGCCCAGCCGCAACAGUCACCUGGAGCAGGAGCUGCAGGCCGCCCCCCAAAGGCUCCGGGGCCUCAGCAGCCGGCUCCCCCCACCCAUGGUGGAUGCACGCACCUGGGGUCCCCCUGGGCACCUGCCUGGGGUUCCUACAGAGGGGCCACUUCCAGAAAGCACCCUGAGGCAGCAGCUGCAAGGGGCCACUAUCGGGUCCCCCAGGAAGGCCUUGUUACACCACAGCCUGGCCCGCUCGCAGCGUCACGGUGGGGAGACCGGCCCGCAAGGAGGCCGAUGCCUGCGCGGCUUGCACCUUCUCGGCAGGCCUGCGGGCUCUGGCCUGUCCCCGUCACCGCAGGGGCCGGCAGCGUCGCAGGGCCCCGGGGAGUCCACACUGUGCCCGGACACCGGGUGGGGCCCAGGCGCCUGUUGCUCGGCCGCGCCCUGCAGGGCACCGCUCUGUCCCCCAGCUCCGCCAGCAGGUGUGGGUAGGAGAGGCAGGUGCAGGCGCCCCACACGCCGGCCCGCGCCCCUGGGCCCUGCCCCGGUCCCCGCCGCCCUGACCUCAGCAGCCCGCCAGGAGCUGCAGGCGCCCACCGGCUACCCUGGGGUGUGUGGAGCCCAGGCCUACCCCCGCCCGCCUCAGGGGUGCACCCCAGAAAACUGCUCCGUGGCAGCAGCUGAACCCGGCGCCAGUCAGUCCCCGAGGACGCAGCCUGUGGGCCGGAGCUGUGGGCGUCUGCAGCCGUGUCCCGGGUCCAUUACUGGGGGGCAGGGACCCUGCCCAGGGCGCCCCAACCCUCCCGGCUUCCAGCUCUGCCGUCGGCAGGUAUUUGGGCAGGUUGGGCUUGCAGUCGGGCAGCCGGCAGGCGUUCCCAGCCCUGCUGUGACCCGCGACUCCUGA